CGCGACCCGCGCCCCGUCCCGCGAGUCCCGCGUCCCACGCGUCCCUCGACCGCACCGCCUCCUAGCCGCCGUCGCCCCUUCCUCCGCGCGCCCUCCAUCGCUGCUGCCCCAAGCACCCUCCUCGCCCCCUCAUCGCCGCCCUCGACCGCCGACGCCCCGCGCGCCCUCCACCGCCACCGCCCUGGACCGCCGCCGCCUCCUCGCCGCCAUCGAACGCCGACGCCCCUCGCCGCCCUCGACCGCCGCUGCCUCCUCGCCGCCCUCGACCGCCGACGAAUCCUAGACCCACGCCCGGCGUCCCGCGUCGCGCGCCGCCCUCGACCGUCGACGCUGCGACCCGUGCCGCCUCCUCGCCGCCGUCGUCGCGCCCCGCGCCGCCCUCAAUUGCCGACGAACCCUAGACCCGCGCCCCGCGCCGCCCUCGACCGCCACCGUUGCGCCUCGCCGCCGAUAUCUCCCACCCGCGUCGCUGCUCGCCGGCUGCUUCGUCGAUCUGCUCCGCGCCGCCCGAACAACUACGACUGCGCCACCGGGAGACCAACAGCCGCCGUUGGCUGCUUCGCCGAUCUCCUCCGCGUCGUCGGGAGACCGAUGCCCGCUGCUCUUGGCUCACUCUCCCCAAUCCGCGCCACCUCCGCCGGUCACGAUCGCCACGGAGGUCUAUCCGUCGCCUCCGCCUCCGUCCUCGACGCCACAGUCUCCCUCUAUAGUCAAGUUCUUAUAAAAUUUGGGAGUGCAUCUCUGUUGAACCCGGCCGACCCGACCCUGCAACAACGCCUCACCAACCGUCGCCCAUCUCUGCUUGGACAACAUAGUCAACUGCCAUCUGCUCAUUUCACGGAUAAGGAGACUAGGAGAGUGAUUGGGAGGAUCUGCUACUUCUUUGUCGGAUCUGCCACUUCUUGCAAUCAGCAAACAUACAAAUGGUUAAGAUUGUUGGGGGCUCCACACCAUCAAGUACAAAAUCAGGUUAGCCAUGUGCAUGUUAUUGACUCAAAUGAUGCACUCUUUGCAUGCUAAUUUCGCCCAUGUCUUCCUUUCUUAUGCCCUCUUGCAAAUAUAUAAUUUUUUUGAGAAAUUUAAUGAUUUACUAUUAACAAACGCCCGAUUAUUUUUUCUUUUUUUAAAACGUGAUCAUUUUGCUCAUAAAAUGUGACCUAUUUUAAGCAAGCCAUGCUUUAGUUCCUUUUUAAAAAAUUGCAUUCAAAUAACAGUGCAUUAGCACAAAAAUGUGCCGUUGUUUGCUGGGCUAUUUUUCUCUCAAAGGUUUAGAAGUGACAAAUUAAAAAUCUUGGACUAUUGAAGUCAUAUACUUGGAGGAUGAUCCCCUGGUCAACGACGUAGUAAUAUGCCCGUGCAUCUUGUUCUUUAGAUACAGAUCUUAGCUAGGAUUUGGGAUGAAAGCAAAAAAAUAUGCGUUCACAUGUAUAAGGGUCACAGAGGACCAAUUAGAACAAUCAGAUUUAUAUCCCUGGGAUUCAUGUUCUGGGCAGAAAUUCUGUUUAAAUCUGCAAAUAUUAUUUUAUACCAUAUUUUGAAAUUAGAUAGGAUGUGGAACUUCCUGCUACUAUUGGUGUUUCAGUAAUCUGUAUUGGCAAUACAGUUGUUCUCAUGGAAUUAAUAUGUUUGCAUCUAUUCAUAUAA